AAGUAUUUCAUCCAAACAACAAAGCCAGUAUCAAUCUAUUGGCCUUUUAAAGAAAAGCUUUUUAGAAGGCCAACAAAGCCGCUUCCAGCUUAAACCUUAACCAGCUUCAACUUCUCUCUCUUAAUUAAUCCCCAAAAAUUACUUCCCUCUUUCUCUCUCUACUCUAAUCCCUCUUUCUCUUUCUCUCUCCUAAUCCCAAUUUUAAUUUUGGGGAAGAAAUCGCAAAUCAAACCCUAAUUUAGGGUUUCCGCGGUUCCCAAUUUUUACCCCUGAUUUAUCGAUCUAUAGCUUAAAUCGACGCUAUAGAAGUUGAAAUUAUACAAUAAAUUCAUGGCUACUACCGUUACUAAGGAGGCGUUGCAACCCCAGCAAGGCCCUCCUUCGUCUUCGGCGCCGGAGGAUGAAUCUUUGAAGAGGAAUACUGAUUGUGUUUAUUUUUUGGCUUCUCCCUUGACCUGUAAAAAGGGAGUUGAUUGUGAGUAUCGACAUAGUGAUUAUGCUCGGAUGAACCCAACAGAUUGUUGGUACUGGAUGAAUGGGAACUGCUUGAAUCCUAAAUGCUCAUUCAGGCAUCCUCCUUUGGAUGGUUUGGUGGGAAAUCAAGUUGAUGGGCCUUCUGCUCUUGUACCGCCUGGCCUACCUAUGCUUUCAGCUCCUCAGAAUCCAGUUAAGCAAGUUCCCUGCAUUUUCUUUCAGAGGGGACAGUGCUUAAAAGCCGAUAGAUGCCCUUACAUGCAUGGCCCAAGUCCUCCUAAUACCAAGAUUCAACAAGCUCCAUCCAGCAGCACUCCUACGCCUGGAGCUCAUGCUUUCAAGAAAGCUUUUGGUAGUCUCGAAAAGUGUACACAACCCCAAAUGAAUUUCCAAGCAAAUAAACCUAAGGUUGUUGAAACGCCACAUCAAGCUAAUGCAUUUCCAAAAAAUCAGUCCAUUCGGCCGACGAAUGGAGCAACUGUUGGAAAAGGCUAUUUACCUCCUAGUGGUGUGACCGCCGCAGGGUCUUCUAAAUAUGGGGAAAUAAAACCGUCUUCUGUUGACAAUGGAAAUUCCAGAAGCAGGACUGGACGUGCACAUCACGGUGGCUCAUAUGAUGACCAUUAUUUUCAGAAUUGUAGAGAUGCUGAUGACUCAUUGAGGGAAUCGUCUCCUGGAUUUGAUGUACUUGUGGAUAAUAAAGUCAACGAGGAUGAGUUUUAUCACAAUGAAGAUCAGUAUGGGAAGAUGAGAGGUCGUGACGGAAGAAAUCUAAACGAGUUUGACAUUGGUCGUCAGGAUGAUUACGGUUCAGUUGCUGAUGUUGAGCCUGAAAUUUAUCACAAUCGAUGUGGCUAUGAUUCAUUUGAUCGUAUGCCUGAGAAGUAUGCUCGGGAUCAUCGUAGGGUAUCAUCAGAAAGAUCACUUGGUGAACCUGCUCACAUGGACAGGCGAGGUCCUCCAUACAAGUCUGAGAGUCUUGAUGUCAAUCAAAAUUCUGAUUUGCGUCAUCGUUUAUCUAAGCAUAGGAGGGUAAAUGGCUUGAAGUCGGUAGUUAAUUCUGACUACAGCCAUGAUGACCGUGCUGAGGAUCGUGGCUACAGGAGUACUCGGAGGGACUCGCGCCGCUCACCAAUACAUGAGAGUUCUCGUGGCCACCGUCUUCAGGGUAGAAUAAAGCUUCCUAGAAAAUCUUCUCCAGUGAGUGUUAAUGAUAUUUACUCAGAGAGAGAGAAUGAAAGAGGUAGGAGCUUUGGAAGAUUAUCUCCAAGCAGGCAGCAAGUUUCUGGUCAACCAAGUCGUCUUCGAGAUAGAUUGAGUGGAAUGAAACAAGAUGAAAGCCGUGAGGGAAGAAUGAUAAAAGGUCCAAUGAUGAGAAAAGAUACUGUUCCAUCAGAUGAUGUCAAUUUUGCCGGUCCAAAAAGCUUGUCUGAGCUAAAAGGAACCAAAAAUACUGAUAGCAAGUCACAUCAGCUGAAGAGCCAAGAACCAGUUUCAGGGGGGAAGUUGAGAGACACAGUCUUAGCCAGUUCUAUUGGAACUGAGGGUAAUAUUGCGUUUGCUGGGCCCAAGCCAUUAAGUGAGAUUUUGAAGAGAAAAAGAACAGCUUCUACUGGUGGUACAAGUUCUGACGAUAAAGAAGAAAUCAAGGACAAUGAAAAUGAUGUAAACUUGACGAGCAGUCCCUCAAAUUGUGCUGCGGAUACAAGAAAACAAGUCGCCUCUGAUUCUGCUGAUGAACAAGCAGAGGCCAGUAAAGUAGAGAACAAGAUACUGGCAGUUGAGGCAGAUGAAGAAGAAGGUGAAAUUUCAAAUAAGAAGAUAAAGUCAAAUGGUGACAGUGAAUCUCCCUCACUUGACGACAAUAAACAACCUGAAGCAGAAGAGGCUUUGGUUGUAGCUGAUGGUGAAGAGCAUGAAUUUGAUGAAGAGUAUGAUCAUGGGGAUGAUGGGGAAUAUGAAUAUGAACAAGAUGACGGAGAAGGGUAUCAUCUGAAUGAUGGUGAAACUGGUGACCUUGAAGAGGAGUUCAUGGAUGAAGACGAUGGAGAUGAUUUCGCAAAGAAACUUGGUGUUUCUUUCUAAAAUAGAACUCCUGCUUGAUCAUUGAUUCUGCUUCUAGUUAAGUUUUUUCAGCUCUUAUCUGCUUUUUCUCCUUGUAUGUUCUAAUUGUAUUAUACUGUUCUAAAGGGAAAUUUUUCAAUUUUAUGGAGCCUUCAAUAGUUCCCCCUUUUUUCUGUAGACACCAUUGUAACAUUAGAGUUAAUGAAUGAAAUUUUUAGUAGCUUGAUUCCAUUUUACAAUAAGAUUUGCAGUGAUUUGUUGUUA